UUUGAGUCAUUUACCAACAUUACAUCAAAUUCUGUGUAUCUUUUUCUAUCCAAUUCUGAUAGUUUAGAUGAUAAUUUUAAUUACCUUCAAUUGCAUUUUAGAAAGUAUCAAUUGUCAAUUAACGUAUUUAAUCAAAUUUUAGAAACUUUCCUGUACUAAAUUGAUUGGUCAUGUUUGUAUUAGUCAAAUCAAUAUAUUCGCAACAAUUAAGGGAGGUUUUAGCUUUUCAAUAUAAGAUAUUGGUUUUUCUUUCCAUCACUAAUAGUAUUCAAAGUUGAUUCCAUUAAAAGCAAGCUUGUCGUUUAGUGAACAUACCACAAUAUGCAGCCUCAUCUAACCCAACUUUUUCAUAAUUUAGCAAUUUUCCAUAUCAAGGGUAUUCGGAACACAUGCACCAACGUAGAAGUGCUAACAAUAGUACUACUACAAGUUGACCGUUCCAUUUCGUUUCAAUUAAUGUAACACAUAAGGUAUAGCAACUGACCAAAUCCGUAUUUGUAUAGAACACACAGCAAAUGGUUCUUUAACAGCUGAAAAGUCUAAAAGUUGAGUUUGUUCAAAAAAUGCUACAUCGCCUAUGUGAUGUAUGCAAGCCUGGGGAGGUCAAGGUUGGUACGCCUGCAACGGUGGGCUAGGUCGCAUGUCGUUGUAAGCACGUUUCAUUUAUAAAUCAUCUCUGUCAAUAUAAAUAUCCAAAUAAAGAGUACUUAUUAUUGGCGACGAGAUAAAAAGAAGAACCGAAUUUGGCAACAUAUAGCAUAAAUAAAAGAAGCUGUGUAUUCAUGGUUAGUUUCGAGCUCGGGGUGGAAGGAAUCAAGUCAAGAUGGCUACAGUCGCAAUAGGACACAUUGGCGAAUUCAACGCAGACGAGUCUACGAAUUGGGAAGUUUACGCGGAACGACUUGAAUUUUAUUUACAAGCAAAUAAAAUAACAGAAGAUGAACAGAAAAGGGCGGUGCUGUUGACGGUUUGCGGAACAAGGACCUAUGAAAUUUUAAGGUCGUUGGUAGCUCCUGACGCGCCAAGUUCAAAAUCUUACGGGGAUUUAGUGAAAACCUUAAAGGACCAUUUCGCGCCUAAACCGUCCGAGAUAAUGCAGAGAUUUCGUUUUCAUAAACGCGAUCAAGGACAGAAUGAAACAAUUGCGGUGUACGUGUCUGAACUAAGAAAAAUUGCGGAGCAGUGUAACUUUCCCAGAGAAACCUUAGAGACAAUGCUUCGCGAUCGUGUAGUGUGUGGCGUUCGCAGUGAAGCGUUACAGCGCAGGUUGCUAGCAGAAAAAGACUUGACCUUCAAAAUUGCAUUAAAUACGGCAACGGCGGCAGAAACAGCUGAUUUGAACGCUCUAGAAAUCCGGAAGCAAACUGCACCUGUUCAACAGCUGACCGCCACCACAUCAACAUACAGAAGGGUUAAUCGAGACAACAAAGAGCAUAACAGCGGUGUCACCAGCUCCGGGUCAAAUGGCACCAAUAAUUUGCACCGUCAACAAAACCAGAGUAAUUACAAACCCUGUUUUAGGUGUGGAAGCCAACACAAUCCAUUCAAUUGUCGCUUUAUGAACGAAACAUGCAGAUUCUGUAAGAAAAGGGGCCACAUAGAGAGAGUGUGCAUGCAGAAAAACAGGAAACAACAGACAAACGCAGUUGACGCAUCGGAGCAGCCUGAAGAUGACUAUGCCGAAAUAUUUACUUUAAAUGGGAUAACCAGCAAUUUACCGGUUGCAAUCACAGGUAUCAAUAACAUUACAAGCAUGCCCAAAGCAACGGUAACAUUAAAUGGACAUAAAUGUUAUAUGGAAGUGGAUUCAGGAGCGGCUGUAUCAUUAAUGGCCUCCAACACGUUUAACAGAAUAUUUAAUGUAUACAAACCAGAGCUAUCAAACUCGACGUUAAUUCUAAAGGACUAUCAAGGAAAUGUUAUAAAAACUGUUGGCGUGUGUCAAGUCGAAGUUAAAUACGCAGGCCGAUGUGCAGUACUACCGCUCACAGUAAUCGAAGAUAACCGAAGCAGCUUAUUGGGCAGAAAUUGGUUUGCUACAUUAGGAAUUAAACUGGCAGGCGUUUAUCAGCUUACAUCAGAAUCGGUGAUAACAAAAUCAGUUGCAGAAGUACUGAGCAAGUAUGCUGACAUUUUCAAGAAUGAAUUAGGCAAGUACAAAGGCCCUCCUGUGACAUUACCAAUCAAUGAUAACGUACAACCGAUACUAUGUAAGGCCAGACGGGUGCCAUUUGCAUUAUUACCCAAAAUUGAAACGGAACUGCAAAAAUUAUGCCAACAGGGCAUUUUAGAACCGAUAACCCACCCACGAUGGUGUACGCCAAUCGUUCCCGUUGUUAAAAAGGAUUCCAGCAUAAGAAUAUGUGGCGAUUAUAAACAAACCUUAAACAAGGCAUUGCGUACUGACGUUUACCCAAUUCCAGCCAUUAACACUAUAUUAAGUUCACUAGCCGGAGGCAAAAUUUUUGCCAAAUUGGACUUGGCUCAAGCAUACCAGCAGUUAGAAGUUGACGACAAGUCUGCUGAAGCCCAAACAAUAAUCACACACAAAGGACCUUUCCGAGUAAAACGACUACAAUUUGGAAUCAGCGUGGCUCCACAAAUAUUUCAAAAUUUCAUGGAUCAGAGACUAAGCGGAAUUCAAGGAGUAUUCCCGUACUUCGACGACGUACUGGUAGCAGGAGAAUCGGAAACACAAUUAGCCGAACGACUCGAGGAGAUAUUCAAGCGAUUCCAAGAAGAUGGCUUACGCCUCAAGCGAGAAAAAUGUGCAUUUGGAGUGAAAGAAUUGAGUUUUUUAGGAUUCCAGUUAACUGAAAAUGGACUGCAACCGAUCAAAGACAAAGUUAAUGCAAUCAAAAAUGCCCCAGCUCCAAAGAACAAACAAGAACUGCAAGCAUUUUUAGGAAUGUUGAAUUUUUAUCACAAUUUUUUAAAAGAUAAAGCGACAGUAGCAGAACCUCUACAUAAAUUACUACAUACAAACACUAAAUGGUCCUGGAACAAAAUACACGAUGAAGCAUUUCAGCAAUGCAAGAAUUUGUUGUCAUCGAAGUCACUUUUGGUGCAUUUUGAUAUUAACAAACCAUUAAUAUUGACAGCAGACGCUUCGCCUUAUGGAGUAGGAGCCGUGCUAAGCCAUAAGAUGUCAGAUGGUACAGAAGCGCCAAUCGCAUUCCAUUCCAGAACACUGAACGACGCACAACGGAACUACUCACAGUUGGAUCGAGAGGCACUAGCGAUUAUCGACGGACUAAAAAAAUUUCAUCAUUAUGUGUUUGGGAACAAAUUCGAAAUUCGUACAGAUCACAAACCACUUUUGGGAAUAUUCGGGCAAGACAAGGCUACCCCAGAAAUUAUAUCCCCGAGACUUCAGCGAUGGUCAUUAAUUUUAAAUAGUUAUAAUUAUAUGCUUAAGUAUGUUCCUGGUUCGACCAUUGCAAAUGCAGAUGCACUAAGCAGAUUUCCAGUGAUCGACAAUUCAACUCCAAUAAAUGAAGAGAUUCCACAAGUGCUCAUGGUCGAGACAAGUCCUGAAAUUACAGUCAACGCUGAAAAAAUCGCCAUAUUGACACAAAAGGAACCAGUGCUAUCUAAAAUAUUGGACUGGGUGGUAAGGGGCUGGCCGAACGAAAUCAAUAUGGACGAAGCAAAACCGUUCUACCAUAAGCGGCAGGAAUUAUCCUCGUACAAGAAAUGUCUGUUGUGGGGAAACAGGGUUGUCGUUCCAGCAGCAGCCAGAGCACAAGUACUUCACAUGUUGCACGAAACUCAUCCGGGGAUUGUACGAAUGAAGAUGUUGGCGAGGAGUCAUGUCUGGUGGCCAAACAUGGAUGUUGAAAUCGAACAUGCAGUAAAAAUUUGCAACAUUUGUCAGGAAAAUCAACGCGCACCACCUAAAGCAGCUAUUCAUCCUUGGGAAUGGGCAACCGAGCCGUGGAGCAGGUUACAUAUUGACUUUGCGGGGCCGUUUCAAGGACAUCAACUCCUGAUCGUAGUGGACGCCUACUCUAAAUGGUUAGAAGUCGAGUUGGUGCCGACAACCUCCUCGUCGGCAGCAAUACGAGUGCUACGUAGCUUAUUCGCCACUCAUGGAUUACCCGACGUAAUUGUAUCAGACAACGGUACGGCAUUUACAUCGGCAGAAUUUGCAGAGUUUACAAAGAAGAACGGGAUUAGGCACACAACAUCGGCGCCAUAUCAUCCGUCCUCAAAUGGCCAAGCUGAAAGGCUAGUGCAAGAAGCCAAAAAGAUGUUAAGCAAAUUGUCGCAAGGGGAUUGGCGUACCAAACUGGCCCGAAUGCUGUUAAGCCAGCAUUCAACGCCGUCAACAGUAACCGGCGUCAGUCCAGCAGAACUGCUUUUCAAGAGAAAAUUAAGAACCUGUUUAGAUCGAAUCCAUCCUGAUUUCGUGAGGGACAUGAAGCUGAAGCAGGAAACACUUAUGGAACAGUCAAAACCACCUCGGGAAUUUAAAGAUGGCGAUCCAGUUUCAGUGAGGAAUUUUGGUGAUGGUCCCAAAUGGGUUCCAGCGCAAAUCAAUAAACGUACUGGUCCAUUAUCAUACAAGGCAACCCUAGAUGACGGAAUCGUAAUCCGAAGACACACCGAUCAAAUCAUUUCCAGAAGACCACUGCAGGGCCAUCAAGAACCACCGUCAGAUGUGCAGGAAGCCAGCAUGAGCACUCGCCCAAGCAGAGACAGAAGGAUGCCUUUGCAUUUACGAGAUUUUGUUUUAACUGGGGGGAAGGAAUGUGAUGUAUGCAAGCCUGGGGAGGUCAAGGUUGGUACGCCUGCAACGGUGGGCUAG